AUGGUGGAUGUGUCCGAUCGGGAUUUCCGUAUGUUCAUGCGGCUCCUAAGCAGCAAAUGCGAGGUGUGGACAGAGAUGCUGGUAGACCAGGCCUUGGUCCAUAACGAGGAUAUCCCCCGACAGCUUGAGAAGAUCAUAGGCUUCACUGAGGCGGAGCAUCCUAUAGUGUGCCAACUUGGGGGCCAUGACCCCAGCAAGUUGGCAGCAGCUGCCCGGAUUGCUCAUCGUCGGGGCUAUGAUGAAGUCAACCUCAACGUCGGCUGUCCGAGCUCUCGAGUAGCCGGUCAUGGCCUCAUGGGAGUCGCGUUAAUGAAGACGCCCGAGUUGGUCCGGGACUGUCUGCGUACGCUGGAUGAUGAAGUUCCUCAUGUUUCUAUCAAAACACGUCUUGGUGUCGACGAUCUCGACACAGAAGAAUUCACUCGGUCUUUUCUCGGCACCAUUUUACCACCUCUCGCCAGCUCUGCCGCUCAGCAGCCUUAUCGUGUUAUAAUGCACUGCCGAAAGGCUUGGCUCCAAGGCCUUUCUCCCGCUGAGAACCGUACUGUCCCACCACUGGACUAUCCCCGUGCCUGCAGGGUUUUAGGGGCCUUCGGAUCAAGAGUAAGAUGGACCCUCAAUGGUGGCAUCGAGACGCUGUGGCAGGCGAAAGACGUCCUGACCAGCGAAAUAGCACCGGCCAAUCUCGAAGGCGUUAUGAUAGGACGGGCAGCAUAUAAUAACCCUUGCAUGCUUCAUGAUGCUGAUGUCUACCUCUAUGGUUGUGAUGAAAACCCGGUCUCUGCCGAGUCUCGAGGAGCAUUACUCGAGGCCUAUGCAGACUAUCUACACGAUCGAUAUCCUCUCGAGAGUGACUCUCCCCUCACGCCAGGGACGUUCGCGACUUCUCUGAAACCGACUCUCGGUACAUUUGCGAACAAGUCAGGCAACAGAAUGUACCGUCACACUAUAGACGGCCUGAUCAAGGCCCACAAGCGAGACCGCGAAGUCGGCCCAGGAGAUGUGGUCCGAAUGGCCAUGAGAGAGAUGCCAGAGGAGCUCCUCUGGGAACCACUGCCUUCUACAGUUGACAUUGAGGAGGCUGAGAGGGCCGAACGACAGCGGAUGGUCGACUGGCAGCGUCAGGAGCUCGAUCGGCGACGGAUCCAAUACGCGAAGAAAGAGGCCACUCAGCGGGCUCGGGUGGUGGCUGCCAAAGCUGCUGGUACUUGA